AUGGAGUCGCCCAGGAGGCAACUAUUUGGUGGUGGUGGUGGUGCGCACGCGUUUUUCUUCCAGGCCCGAUUCCCGGGCGGGCUGCGAACUGGCUGUCUUGUCAAGGCGGUGGAGACGGCAGCGGAGCGGGAAGCCUUCGUCAUUGGGAAGCCCAGCCGCUACAUCUUCGACUGCGUGGUCAGUGAAUUCAACAUCGACCCGGCUCGCACGAUCAUGGUUGGCGACCGCCUGGAUACAGACAUCCUCAUGGGCAACACCUGCGGCCUGACCACCCUUCUGACCCUCACAGGGGUCUCCACCCUCGAAGAAGUGCAAGGCCACUUAGAGAGCAGCUGCCCUGAGCGGAGAAGCCUAGUCCCCGACUACUAUGUGGAUAGCAUAGCCGACCUUCUCCCUGCUCUCCAGGAUUAGAAAAAGGGAAGCUUUCCGCAGUUUGAAAGGUAUCUCCCCCACCCCCUCCGUAUCUCGAGGCUGGUAGAGUCACAGGGCCUCGGUCUACGGCAAUGCACAUCACUGUUGCUUGCACCUUAAAAAUGCUUUUACUGUGCAACUUUUAUCUCGAAUUCUCUGUUUACAAAUUCCUUGAGGAAUGCACUUUGAAACAAAGAGGGAAGUGUGUUGCAUUAGUCAGCUUACAGACGCCGUAAAGCAUCAGGCAUGCUUGAGAAGUGUCUGCAGUGCUAAGGUAUCAGGGUAGAGCCUUGCUCAGCUGAUUCGCAGGAGAAUGGGCAGGGUUCCGUUAACACCUUGCACUGUUGUCUCUUGUCGCCUAGUCUUUUAAAAAAUUCAGGGAACAGGGCUGUUGGCUAGUCCCUAGAACAUGGCUCAUAAAGCUUGGUCUUUGUGCUUGCUCAGGUCCGGUUCUAGAAGGCAUGAUCCAGAGGUGAUGUCAGGGAAAAGGAAAUCACCCGUGUGUCCUGUGGUGUUGUUGUGAUCCCUCGUUCCCCACACUGCCAUUUGCACAUACUCGAUAUGCAAAACGUGAGCGAUACCGUAGUGUUUCAUGUAUUUCUCUGAGAUAGUAAAUGAAUGUAUAUAUUGGUGUGUGCAGAAGUUUGGAUAUCUAUUUUAAGGGAGAAUUCUAAUAUAUUGAAUAUAGGUUUUAUCAGUCAGUCAGAAGGGAUAUAAAACAUUUGAUUUCUAAAGGAUCUUCCUCGCAUUUUUCCGUACAUACCGUAGACAUACCAGCAUGAUCUACAGGAUUUAGCACCAUUUUGGUUUGGCCGAUGAUUCUCAAAUUGUAACGAUGCCCGAGUUAUUUCCUUCAUACCCAGACUAAAACUGCCGUGGUCACCUACAGCUCACAUUGAUGGGAACAACUCUUAGAUAUCAGAGCGACUAGCUAGCCUAAGUUGUCCUUUUAAAGGGGUUCCUCUGGCAGACUGAGGCAUAACUUUGUUCUGAAGCCAUUUUGGGCAUAACUUUGCACAGCUCUUCCUGUUGAAAUCUUACUUGUGAGUUGGUGGGAGAGCCCAAGAAGAACUGUCUUGCAGAUCUGUCUUGUUGAAAAUAGAAGUUUACUAUUUUGCUUUGCAAGUUUUGCAGUAAUUAUGAGGAAUUGAGGAGUUUUCAGGUGUCCAGAUAGUUUUGCUCCUGUUGUGCUCAAAGUCAAUGCUUUAAUCAGUUGGGUGCACCGAUGAAAAGAUUUAAAUGCAAAAGCAUGCACCUAGCAGCCAAGAGAGGACGCCUCACUUUUAUCCAAAUAACUCUGAUUUCCUAUGCAGGUGACACUUCUGAUACUGCAGACACUUGAAACAUGUUCAAACUUGGUAAUUCUUCAUAAAGCAAUAAUUGUGUUGUCCAUACUGGAAAAUAACAUUUUGCUUAUAAGUUAGAGCCAUCAUUUGUAUUUCUCUGGAUUCCCUAAGGUGCUGAGUGCUACCUGCUGCUCCAUGUAAUCUGCCUCCAGGCAGAGAGCUUUUUCAUUUUUGGGCUUACCACACUUGCCGUUUGUAAACCUGAAUGUUCUUUACCACUUCUGCUAAUGUCAACUGUGUGUGUCUGCUUGGACUGACUUGAAAAUAGAUGAUGUCUUUUGCCUGGGACUUGUAUCCCUAGAGUUCUGGGGUGAUUGAAAAAGAUGUGAAGUAUGUUUAGACCAUUUCAACAUCUGUUUAGACGUGCUUGCCACAGAGCAGACCCAUCUUUACUGUUCACUGUACUUAUUCACAUUGUGAAAUGUCGCUAGCAGUCUCUGUAAAACAGCUAGACAACUUCAAUCCUAUGAUUCAGUCCUAUACUUCACUCACAUUAAAAAGAAGUCUUGCUGCUUUCUUA